CCGCGUGAUGCGUUUGCUCCUGGUUUACGCUCUAGACGAUCUUUGAUACCGGUGUCUGUUUGACAGGAAAACUAACUCGACCCAUCGCAAUACGUAAUGGCUGCAUUUUGUCAGUGUCAUUUAGUAGACAUGGACACGACGCUGAUGCGUUCUACAAUAUCAAUGUAAAGAUUCGUUAAAUCAAAUGGAAGUGUUUGUUAUUAUCUGCCUUCUACAUGAAUCCUCCCCUGCUAAGGUCGAACUUUUUUUUAAGCUAGCAUGUAAGUUUCUCGAAGUGUUUUUCCGGUGUAACGAGAUAACCGUCGAUAUAAAGUCUAUGGUCUGUCCCGGUUUGAUGGUUGUAUAACGAGCUGUGGUCAUCACCAUGGGCACUAAAGUUGUUUUGUGCUGCAGCGUGCUGUAUGUUUUGCUAGACAGCAUCAUCACCACUGUCCUCUACACACAUGGAUCACAACCAGCCAUUUUCCUUGAUGAUGCUCUAAACUUCAACAUCCUCCAGUCAGUCUUGGACCUCUGGGGCACUCUUCUGCUCCGAGCGUCCCUCCUGCUGGGGGCCUCCAUAGGGGUGUCAUGGAACAAGGAGGAUGGCCCUCCGAGAGUCGCCAAGCUCACCACAUUCAUUGUCUUCCUCUGCAUGAUUGUCAUCACUUACGCCCUGGCCAAGCUGUUGAUGCUGACGGAGCUGGAGCCUCUGAGCCACCAGCCGUGGUUUUUGAGCCUGAUAGGUUGGACGUGUGCCUCGUCUUUGUGUGUCACGCUGCUCUGGAGGCAGCUAGGGAAGAAGUCCAGCUCGGUGAGCAGUCUCAGCAUCCACAGCAGCAGCCGUAGUGGAGGAGGAGGGGGCUCCGAGGACACUGAGAAGUUGAUGGAGACAGCUGGUGAAGAGGAUGAGAAGGAGGAGGAGGGUCAGGAAAAGGGGAAAGACACGAAGAGUAGUUCUGGAGCUACACUGGGACGCUUGCUCGGCUACUGUAAAAAAGAUACAGGGCUGCUUUCUGCUGCUGUGUUCUUCCUCAUCAUCUCUGCAGUGUGUGAAGUCUUUAUUCCUUCCUACUACGGUAAAGCGAUAGACAGCAUCGUAUCGCAGGACAAGAGCGACUUCAGUAAACACGUGAUCACACUGACAGCAUUGGCCUCAGUCAGCUCACUUGCCAUAGGGAUGCGAGGGGGAGUCUUCACCCUGACGCUUGCGAGACUAAACCUUCGUCUUAGGAGUCAUCUUUUCAGAACCUUGAUGGGGCAAGACAUCAGAUUUUUUGAUGAAAACCAUACAGGUGACAUCAUUUCCCGCCUGUCAGCUGACACCACUCAGGUGAGCGACCUGGUCUCCCUGAACAUUAAUAUUUUCUUGCGGAGCAGCAUCAAAGGCACUGGCUUCCUCAUCUUCAUGUUUGAGAGGUCAUGGAAGCUCACAAUGGUCGCCGUCAUGGGAUUCCCUUUCAUCGCUCUCGUUUCUAAAGUGUAUGGCGAAUACUAUAAGAAACUGGCCAAGGAAGUGCAAACAACCCUCGCAGAGGCCAAUAAAAUUGCAGAGGAAACCAUCUCCGCCAUGAGGACGGUGCGCAGCUUCGCAAACGAGACCGAAGAGACGGACUCUUACUGUUCGAAGCUCUCAGCCAUGUUCCAGCUCAACAAGAAGCAGGCCCUGGCCUAUGCGUGCUACAUGUGGUCCAGCUGUAUCUCAGAGCUUGCCCUUGAGGUUUCGAUCUUGUUCUACGGAGGCCACCUUGUGAUGACUGGUCAGACGAGCAGUGGGACUUUGAUUGCUUUUUUCAUAUACAUGCUGGAACUAGGAGAAUGUCUUGAGAACAUUGCAUCCGUCUACACCGGCCUCAUGCAGGGAGUGGGAGCUGCUGAGAAAGUCUUUGAGUAUUUAGACAGGAAGCCCGAACACCCAGCGGAUGGUACAGAAGCUCCAGACGCGUGCACCGGUCUGGUUGAGUUCAAGGAUAUCACCUUUGCUUAUCCAACGCGACCUGAGACCGAUAUUCUGCAGGGAGUGUCAUUUGCUCUGCUGCCCGGUGAGGUCACCGCCCUGGUGGGGCCUUCAGGCAGUGGAAAAAGCUCCUGUGUGAGUCUACUGGAAAACUUCUACCUCCCACAGCAAGGCCAAGUGCUGCUGGAUGGGAAGCCGGUAAACACCUUCCAGCACACCUAUCUGCACUCCAAGGUGGCUCUCGUGAGUCAAGAGCCCGUGCUGUUCGCACGGACGGUGAAGGAGAACAUCACUUAUGGACUGACCGGAGUUCCCAUGGAAGCUGUGGUGCAAGCAGCCAUCAAGGCUAAUGCUCAUGAUUUCAUUACUGCCCUCCCCAAAGGCUAUGAUACAAGUGUUGGUGAAAAAGGUACCCAGUUGUCUGGAGGACAGAAGCAAAGGGUGGCCAUCGCACGAGCUCUCAUCCGCAACCCAACAGUUCUCAUCCUGGACGAGGCGACCAGCGCUCUGGAUGCAGAGAGUGAACACAUGGUUCAGCAGGCUCUGAACAACAUCAUGCAGGAUCAUACGGUGCUGGUCAUCGCCCACCGGCUGAGCACCGUGGAGAAAGCAGACAACAUCAUAGUGAUUGACAGGGGUCGUGUGGUUGAACAGGGAUCCCACAGUCAUCUGAUGGCUUCUAGCGGGCUCUAUUCUAAACUGGUGCAGAGGCAGGUGUUGGGCAUUGAGACUGGAGCAGAAGUCUUCAAUUCAUCUGAAAGUUCCUGGAAAGGUGGUGGAGGAAGGACCCGCAGAAGACAAAGCAGCAGCAGCUCUGCGAGCGGGGCGGAGUGCACCCCGUGCUACUAAAAAUGAACAUACUGUAUGUAGACCAAAGGAUCUUCAUGGUUUUACUCCUCUGGUAUUGGAAAAUACAAUGAAAUACCUCCACUCAUUCCUGCAUGUUUGAAAUGGACUCUGUCAUGUUUGUGACACCAAAGCUAAAUGAAUGUACCAAAAAUAAAACAUAGAUGGCAUCUAUGUUGGAAUAAGCAUGUGUUAAUUAUUGAAGGAAAAAAGUCAUCUUAUACACUAACUCUGUUGGAAUACAUAUUUCAACCUAUUUAUGUUUCUACUCUAAGGCAAGGGUAGACAAACUACGGCUAAACUAUUUGUUCUGGCCCGACAAACUGGAAUAAUUUAUAUUGAUAAUAAAUGUUUUAUUUUCCCUGUAAUUCAGGUGUCUCCCCAUAGAUGAUGCACUACAAAUAAACUGAAGCACAGAAACUUA